ACGUCUCUAACCCUUUCAUCUUCCCCUUUAGAACUAUUGACUUACACUCUGAAAUCUCUAUCUCUAUAUCAAUAUGAGUAAUCCUUUUAUUCUUGUAUUUUACUUCAUUUUCAUUACUUCGCCAUUAGUAACAUCAGCCCAAUUCAAUGUGCUGAGUUAUGGAGCGAACCCAGAUGGCAGGACUGACUGUACCAAAGCUUUUCUUACUGCAUGGACACAAGCCUGUGCCUCUACUAGGCCUGCCAUCAUUAGUGUACCUCCAGGAAGGUUCUUAGUGAGUAAACUCUUAUUUCAGGGUCCAUGCAAGAACAAUGCCGUUUUACUAAGUGUAGAUGGGAGUACCCUUGUUGCUCCAUCUGAUUAUUGGGCUACUGGAAAUGCUCAAAACUGGCUCAUUUUUGAGUAUGUUGAUGGAGUUACUAUUUCUGGAGGUAUUCUUGAUGGUCAAGGCAUGAGCUUGUGGUCUUGCAAGGCCUCCGGCAAGAAGUGUCCCACCGGUGCUACGUCGUUAGGCUUUUCCAAUUCAAACAACAUAGCUAUCAUCGGGUUAACAUCAAUGAAUAGCCAAAUGUUCAAUAUUGAUAUCAAUGGCUGCCACAACGUGAAACUAGAAGGGGUCAGAGUUUCCUCAUCGGGAAACAGCCCAAACACUGACGGCAUCCAUGUCCAACUAUCAAGUGGUGUGACAAUCUUGGACUCAAGGAUUGGAACUGGUGAUGAUUGUAUCUCGAUUGGUCCUGGUGCCACCAACUUAUGGAUCGAAAACGUUUUGUGUGGUCCUGGACAUGGGAUCAGCAUUGGGAGUCUAGGCAAGGAUCUUCAAGAGGCUGGAGUGCAAAAUGUGACAGUUAAAACAGCCAAGUUUACGGGCACUCAGAAUGGGCUAAGAAUCAAGUCUUGGGGGAGACCCAGUAAUGGAUUUGCUAGAAACAUUCUUUUCCAACAUGCUACAAUGAUUGAUGUCAAAAAUCCCAUUGUUAUCGACCAAAAUUACUGCCCUCAUAACAAAAAUUGUCCUGGACAGGUUUCUGGUGUUCAAAUUAGUGGUGUGACGUACCAAGAUAUACAUGGAACAUCAGCAACAGAAGUUGCAGUGAGAUUUGAUUGUAGUAAGAAGACUCCAUGCACGGGAAUCAAAAUGGAGGAUAUAAGGCUAACUUACAGGAAUCAACCAGCAGAUGCAUCUUGUAACAAUGCGGAUGGAAGGACUUCAGGUUUUGUCCAGCCUUCUAGCUGCUUAUCAUAACAGAGAGAAUAAAGGUUUCAGGAUCCUGUUUCACGAAACGGUUCGGUGGCAGCAUAAUAGAUCAUUAUAGUACUAUUACAAUAGAAAUGGUUGUCUUUUGAUUAUUUGCGUUGCAGUACUAGGAGAGGAAUAUAAAUGGGUUCCUGCUGUCAGAUAUUUUAUCAUUAAUACGACGUGAAGUAGCUUCAAUGUUCUAUUGUCUGAGCCUGCGGCGUUCCAGGAGAUUAAUCAGUUGCUUGGAGCUGGCCCGGCGUUUGCAAUUAAGACAAGGAGAAAAAAGGGAUUUACAAUGAUACAUUUACACCACAAUUUCUCUUAUUAAAUUGGACUGAAAUGUAUUUCAAAUUUACAGUUGAUUAGCAACGAAAUUUAUGUGCCAAAACCAGAGGGAAAUCAUUAAAUCUGGAAAUUCCAACUUCA